UUUUCAAGAUAUUAUAAUGCUUAUAUAAUCUGCUCUUGCCCAAGAAGGAGACUGAACGACGAUGGAACAGGAAGCCUGCAGCAAUUUCAGAUCCAUAAGGGCCAAGUUUCAGGAAGAGCUCCAGGUGAGGAACAGACCUGUGCUUCCCGAGAAACCCAGACGCCUCCCAACAGCCGGCGUGGGCCGCUCUGGUCCGAUAACCAUGAGCUGGAGUUCAGCUGUGGAAACCAAGACCCCUAGUCUACCCCGGGCCAUUUUCAGAGAAGACCUGAAAACAGCCUCAGGAAGACGGCCUGUAUCUUUCCCAAGCUUUCCCAACACAACAUCUGAAGUCAGCAGGUCUGGUGAGGAUGGGCACAACAGGCAGUCGCUCAAAGUUCGGCAUUUGCCCCUCGUGUUGCCGCUUUCAAACGAGCCAACGCGUGAUUCCUCAGCUCCUUGUUCAAAGGGAAUCACAUCACCUCUCAAAUGCAUCCGGAAGCAAUUCCCUACACCUUUCAGCUUGACCAAAGUUUCAGCGUGUGGCAAAGAAAUGGGUAAAAAUGGUCUUAAAAGUACUCUUAGUAGUGUUGAGACCGGAGAGUCAAACCCGUGUGCGAGUCUCGAGCGCUCUGCUACUCCUUCCCCGAGCGACGGAUCGUCCCUGACGGACUCGUCUUCUGGGACGGGGAGUGUUAGCCACUUCUUUGACCAGCAUGUGUUGAGCACGCUAGAGAAAGCCAAGAGGAAGCUGUCCCACAAGAGCCUGCUGGUGUGUGGCCGACCCAAGGGCUUCUACAUCAGUAGACCCCCCGAGAGUCCUCCAUCUCCCGCUGACCGUCCAGAGACCUCCUCUCCUCUGAAGAGCAGCAGAGCGGCACACACCGCUGUGAUGGAGCUCGGCUCAGUCCUGCAGACCGGAAGACCACGCAAACCUCUCCCUGACCCCGCGUCCCUCGGGCCGGGGCCCUCGAAGCCGCCGCGACCCCCGCGUGUGGACCUCCACAGGCACAAGGCUGCACGACACGGCACUGGAGCGCUCACUGCUGAACCGGAGCCUGAGGUUUCUGCCCCCGCUGAUGCGCCACUAGAGGACACGAGUUUACCUCCUCCCGAAUUCCCCGAUUUUGACGUGUUUGCGGCAGAAGCGGCAGACAGCGACGCCAUCGACCUGGCAGCCCUGGAGCUGGAGGCCACAGAGUUCCCCGACUCCUUGCCAGAGGAACACAACGGCCCGGUCACAUUUUCCCCCGGGGACGCCGGCGCACAGGACACGCCGUCAGGAGACGCUCUCGCUCAGGCCACCAGCGCAGCCGUCUUGGCCACCUCUGACCUCAAGAUGAACGGAUCACACACUGAACACCAGCAACCAGUUUUUUCCAAGGAAAGGCGUUUGCAUGGGACAUUUGACAAUGUUUACGAGGAUGUGGAGACUGUUCCCAAAUUUUCUUUUGCUCAAAACUCGUUCAAGAGUAAAGCAGCUCCUAAAAACCCAUAUGCGGAUAACGGCCAUGUGAAAGAAGAGACUUGGAAGAAUAUAUGGCAUGUCCCUCAGUGGUCUAAUGCAGCUGAAGAUCACAACGGCCACAGUCAUCACGAAAGAAAGAAGAUGCUGAGCCCUGAACACCAGGAGGAUAAAGAGCUGAAGAAGAAGGAGAAGCAGCGUCUGGAGAAGGAGAAGAAAGAGCAGAAAGAGAAGGACAAAAAGAGAAACAUGUUGCACAAGAAAUUUAAAAUCACCGGACUGGAAGAGCCCAUGUAUCGCGCCCGAGUGCUGGCGGCCAGCAAACUCCGCAAAUACGACCUGCCCGUCAAAAGUGGGGAUCUCAUCAGCAUCAUCCGAACGGUCAACUGCCCCAAGGGCAAAUGGCUGGCCAGAGACGCCAACAACAAAUACGGCUACAUCUCCGUGAUGAAUGUGGAGUUGAACAUUAAGGAGAUGCUGGAGCUGGGGAAGAAGGCGUCGCAGGCCGCCGGACGAGGCCAGGCCGAUGGAGAUAACCUCAGCUUCAGCAGCAGGUCGUCUCAUCAGAAUCCGGUGUUCACCAGUAGCUUCACGGAUGACAGUGAAGAGUGGAUGUAUGAGGAUGACUCCUUGUCUCUCUCUGCUGAAAACGCGAGUCAGGUUAAAGCGGCCUCUAUGCCUGAGAUCUUCGAUAGCACCUCCUCUGCUCAUCAGACGUUCAGUGACUGGAGCAUUGAAGACGUCCACACACAAGAGGCAGAACACUUCCAGUUUGCAGACGUUGAUCUUCUGCCUCCUCCGGCACUUUACGCCGACUCUCUCUGAGCCUGUGGUGAG